AUGAACUACUUAACGUUCAUGUUCAUUGGAAGUUUGCUCUACUUGUCAACAACAAAAUCAAAGUUUUGUCAUGAGUUGGAGGGAAGAGUGAAGCGUGAUUUUCAUCCGUUGCGACAUUGCCAACGUUCAAACAAAAGUGUCAUCGCGUAUAUGAAAGUUGAAUCGCUUGAGGAGUGUUCUGACUUUGCAAAACUUAAUCGAGGUCUUGCAUUCAACUUUAGCCCGAAAGGUCGUGAAAAGAAUUUUUUCGCAACUAAUGCAACUUUUGAAAGUUCAGAAUUAGAAGAAUUUUAUAAUUGUGAAGUUUUAGACUGCCCCGAAUACAGAAAUUUCUCUUCUAUAGUUAAUGACACUCGUUUCGAUUAUUACAGCCUUUAUACUCGACCAUUACCAAAUGAACGCGCUUUGUGCAUUCCAUCAGUUGGAAUGUUUGUUCUCUACAAUAAGCGAAGCAACUAUUCAGUCGCUUAUAACAUCUGCAAAUCGAUUGAUGGAACUUUAGCUCAUAUUGCUUCUGAUAUAAGAAAUGUUCAGUUAUCGAGACUUUUAACUAGCGCUACAAAGGCGUCAGUAAAGGAAAGAAAUGCUUAUAUUGGACUCAAUGAAACAGUUCGUGGAAAAUUUCUUGCACCUUUCAAUGAACCUUUGGAAUGUUUCAAUUAUCGAGCUUGGGCACCUGGUCAUCCAAAAGACAUUCGAAAGCCAGGAUGUGUCGCUUUAACACCAGACGGUUCAUGGAAAGUGUUCAACUGUAAUCGAAAAUUAUUAUUCAUUUGUGAAGUUAACACUUCAGGUCCCAAUCCGUUCACAGUUAAUUUCAACCAAACCUGUAAUAUAAAAAAUCCCAACAAUCGUUUCAUACCAAAACUGUCGUAA